AAAACAUUGUCCUAUAUGCAAAAGAUCUGGCACAAAAUAUUAACCGAUAAGGCAAGGUUAUAUAGAACACGACGAUCAUCAUCAAGUCUUAUGGGUUAUGCCAUUUGUGAAUAUAGGCGUAUAGUUCGUACAAGAAAGGCAAAGGAAUAA